AUGCCGCCUAAAAACUCAAAAAGUGUCAACAAAGCAAAAGAAAAACCGAUUGAAAAUGCGCCAACUAUUGAAAUCGGUGAAAAGAUCAUCUGCAUGCAAAACUCCUACCUGUACGAGGCUAAAUGCAUUGAUCUUAAGAAGGAAAAGAACCAUUUCAUGUACAAAGUGCACUACAAAAAAUGGAACUCAAAGCACGAUGAAUGGGUCGUCGAAAGCCGAAUACUUAAAUACAAUAAAAAGAGUGUAAGGGAAAUGAAGAAGCUGUGCGAAAGGACUGGUGAAAAAACGAGAAGUAAAAAGAAGAAGAAGCACAAGAAAAGCCGCGAAAAGAAGGAAAAGAAAACAUCAAAGUCCACUAGUUCCGAAUCUUCUCUUGGCACUACAGCACCUAAAGUACUUACGACACCGUCAUUUGUUUGUAAGCAAGACGACUUUCUCAGCACACAGGAACUUAAAAUUCGCAUUCCAGACGAGCUAAAGCAGAUUCUCGUCGAUGACUGGGAGUUGAUUGUAAACCAGAACCAGCUACUAAAACUGCCUCCAAAUUACACUGUUGCCAGAAUUUUGUCUCAAUACUAUUCCAUCAAAAAGCUGUCCACUAAGUUACCGCCCAAUCACACGAUUGAAGGUUAUGAAAACUUCACGGUGAACCUUACCAAGUACUUCAACUUUUUUCUUGAAAAGGACUUACUGUAUCCAAUGGAACACGAGCAGCUGGCGUAUCUUAAACUCAACAGCGAAACGCUAAUUCGCAAUUCAAGUAAUUAUGAAAUACUUUCAACCAAACGCAAAGAGAAACGCCAGAAAAAGCACAAAAAAUCUAAAAAACGAAAGAUAACUUCAACGUUAGCUGUUGCAAUCACGAGCGACCCGUCAAUAAGCUCAAAUGCAGCUGAUUCUGCUCCACCUGAAAAUACUAGCCAAAGUGAAAGUACUUCAGAUAGCUCUGAAAACUUGGCUGGUACGAAAAACCCUCCGGAUUCGCAGUCAGUAAAGGAAGAAACAGCAAGCUCUGAUAAUACGGAAAUAGUUCCCAAAAUUGAUUUAACCAAACUUUACGGAGUAAUGCAUCUGUUGCGCCUUUUCACCAAACUAGGCCAUUAUCUUUUCUUCACAACUUUGAGCGACAGUGACCUCACUCUACUGAACACCUACAUACAGGACUUUUUGAAAUAUCUCAACAAACAUUUGCUGUCCUGCCCUAAAACGCUGUACAUUGACGCUGCCAAAUUCAAUGAGCAGAGUACUACUCCAACUGAGCAACUGAAAUGA